AUGAUGAGCAAACAGGGCUCUCGCUGGAUACAGUCAGGCGUUUUCAUCACUACAUUCACUUGCUUUUCACAACCAUCUGUAUUUACCAGAGUGUCCCAGUACCAAGACUGGAUCAACUCUCACAUCACCACUGACCAGCCCGGCUUUGUCAGAUUUACCUCCAGCGGCACUGAUGGCGAUUUGAGUGUGAGCUGCAGUAUUGUGCCUCCAAUCACCACCAAUGUGACCACCACUGUCAGUACUGCCCCCACUGCCACCACUGUCACUGUGGUCUGUGGCAGUGCCCCUCUGAACACUCUUCGUGUUGGGGGCAGUAGUUCUCUGGCGACUGGAGGCUUAUGGCCAUGGAUGGCCAGUCUGCACCAUGGAGGCAAACACGUAUGUGGGGGUACACUGAUCACUGAGCAGUUCGUCCUGAGCUCUGCUGACUGUUUCUCCAGCUCCACCAAUGCUUCAGAAUGGACCGUGUUCCUCGGCCGUCUCAAUCAAAAUGGUCCCAACCCUAACGAGGUCUCUCUGAGGGUGAGCAACAUCACACUGAGUAACCUGACAGGCAACAAUGUGGCUGUUCUGGAGCUGGCCAGCAAACCCACACUCUCAGACUUCAUACAGCCCAUCUGUGUGGACCUGGGAACAGAGACCUUCUCCACAGGAACACAGUGCUGGAUUGUGGGUUGGAGCUCAGGACAAGGAGGGGUUCAACAAACCCUUCAGGAGGUCCAGACUACCGUGGUGGAUUGUGGGAGUUCAGCCUCCCCUGAGAAUAUCUGCACUGGUUUAGUGACUUUACAGCAGGGUGAUGUUGGGGGCCCUCUGAUGUGUAAGCAGGGCCUGGCAUGGUUCCAGCCUGCAGUUUUGACUGUAGUUAACAGUACCUCAAGCAGCAGUAGUCGCAGGAACAAUACCAGUGGCUUCAUGGUCUUCAACCGACUGGUGCGCUAUAACAGCUUUCUGCGCAAAGCUGUCGACAGACUCCCUUCACCAGCCUUUGACAACUCAUCCUCUGUCCCCAGCAGCACUGUGUCCCCGACAACCGGUGAUGUUGGGGGCCCUUUGAUGUGUAAGCGGGGCCUGGCAUGGUUCCAGCCUGCAGUUUUGACUGUAGUUAACAGUCCCUCAAGUAGCAGUAGUCGCAGGAACAGUACCAGUGGCUUCAUGGUCUUCAACCGACUCGUGCGCUAUAACAGCUUUCUGCGCAAAGCUGUCGAGAGCCUGCCUUCACCAGCCUUUGACAACUCAUCCUCUGUCAGCAGAGAGCUCCUCAAAGUGUUCCCUCCACCGUCUGACCACAUCCCCAGUCACCACCAGGUUGGGAUCAGUUGA